AUGACGGCAGCUGAGAUCCACAAGCAUCUAUUCUAUUGCACGUUAACCAUAAACUCAACCACAUUAUACACAUAUGAGAAUCAGCAGCUCACGUCGCAUUUCCCCAAGAUCAAUAGCUCAGAGAUUGUAUCACAGGAAUUGGGACUUAUAAACUCAACCAAGACGUUGGUUGGGUCUAUCCCAGUGUCAGGGAGUAGCUCGCUCAAGUUGUCGUUAUACUUUAUGAAAAAGUUUAUAAAUAUAGAUGGCAGUCGAGAUUUGAUCACAGUAGUGGCCAUUGCGCAUGUUGACGUCAAUAGAACGUUCAUCUUGGUUGUGCUCAAAAACAUCAUAGAUAAAUACAUUGAUUUCAAAAGGAAAGAAGAGGACAAGAGCGAUCAGACCCAGGCAAAUAGUAAACCCAAGCCGGGUGAAUUUAAAUUGUUGAUGAACCAGAUUAUCAAGUAUGAGGAGUCGAAUUAUAAUCUGAAUCAGCAAAGAUACACUUAUGGCUCCACCAAUGAAAAUGGUGAAACGAAUGAAGGCAGCUCGCAAAGCCGUCAAAUCAACCCAAACCAACUCAUCUUGGCGAACGAAGAGGUCGAAGAAGUCAGGCAGUUGAUGAUGGAUAACAUCAACAAGUUGUUGAGCCGAGGGGACAAGAUCGACUCGCUUGUGGAUCAGACGGACAGGUUGAACACUUCGUCGCUGCUUUUCCAAAAGAAGGCGCAGCAGAUUAAAAGGAAAAUGUGGUUUCACAAGACGAAAUUCAUUCUAUUGCUCAUUGUCGGUGGGUUGCUAGUAUUGUAUUUUUUUGCUGGGGAAGCAUGCGGAUUCCCGCUUUUCCAGUAUUGUAGACCAUAG